AUGCGAUUUUUGUUUAAUCUAGUUUCUUUUAUCAAAAAGAUUCAUGUGGUGGAUGGUAAGAGAGAGAGAAUUUUUCAAUUUGACCAAGUAUUGCCACCAGAUGCUGGAAAUGAUGAGGUAUGUUUAAAAUGGAUUAAUUCCAUAUUUUAGACAAAAUCUAUUUAAGCCUGGCCUGAAAUAACAUAUUUUAUUCACAAAAUCACGCCCUUUACUGUUUUCAAACAACUAUUGGAAUCUUGGAAAACUGUUUAUUUGUUCUUUGAUGCACAACACACCAUCACGCGUGACUAAUUGACAACUACAAGUUUAGGUUAUAUAUAUGUGUCUAAAUACUUGCUCUGUUGUUCUUUUAGGUGUAUCAGGUUGUCGGUAAGCCUCUGGUUGAAGCCUCCAUGACCGGCCUAAAUGGAAUUUUGAUGGCGUACGGACAAACUGGAGCAGGUAUUUACGGAAAAUUAUUCCAUCUCAGAGCUUUCAAUUCCCAAGGGUCUUAAAUCUUCUAGUUACAAGGAGACGGAAGCGUGACUGUACAAACGAAGCCCAUUGUCUGAGCUGCAGUUUUAGAAAAUUGUGAACAUUGCAAUAAAAUACUCGGUUUGAGAACUAAUGGACUUUAAUCCUUCAUGAAAAUUGGAGAGACGAUGAGCCAACAAUGGGCCAACCCUCUGGUUUCGCCGUUUCUGUGUGACCACCAAUAAGAAAGUUUUUAGAAGCUUCCAUAAAGCACAGCGUGAAAUCGCGAUGAAGUAGUAUCUACAAUUGAUUCGUUUUUCAUCAAGAAAGAUUGAUGGCCUUUUGCAAUGUAAAAUUUCACACUUACAGGUAAAACUCACACUCUGAUGGCUUCAGACGGAUUAACUACCAAUGUUGUAUCUCAUAUGUUCGCUCUGAUUGGUAAAGACGUUGCACAUUCCUACGCGGUAAGCCUAAAACGUCACAAAACAGAAUGAUUUUGUGGUUGUUGUUGUCUAUGAAAAUUUGUUAACAUUCCUGUAAGAAAACGUUUUAAUGAACCGCUUUCCAAGAUCCAUCUUCUUCAAUAAAACUGAGGAGAUGAACAGUCCGUCAUGCAAUUGUUGACUAAUUUGACUAAUCGAUCGAUCGAUCGAUUGAUUCAUGAUUGAUUGAUUGAUUGACUGGAUUACUGGUUCAUUGAUUGAUUAAUCUAUUAAUUCAUUCAAUCAUCAAUAUAAGUGUCUAAUCAUUACAAAAGCUGUAAUCCAAUUUAAUACAUUACAAUAGAGGAUGCGUGCUUCUGUAAAGACCCAUGAACAGCAAUAUUCAAAAUGCCCUCCUAGUCUUUGCAAAACAUUCAGAGUUUUAACACUUGACCCCGCAUGACUGAAGUGCACCUUUCCAUGAAAAAAUACUCUGCAAAUGGGGGGAACUUUGUCAAAUUUCAACAUCAUGCCUCUUUGAAAACCUGCAAACUGAUCAAUAAAAAUAACAAGAGCGUAGCACAAAACCAAAUAAUAUGCUACGGCAGUGUCGAAUCUCAGUAAAAGUCAAACAGCUACACUCCUACCAUUUCCCAGGGCUGCAGUCACUGCUUUUUUCAAUUAUUUUUCUUGUUUUUGUUUUGUAGGUGACAUGUUCCUAUUUGCAAAUAUAUCAAGAACGAAUUUAUGAUUUGCUAGGCUCCGAAAAAUCUGGAACUGAAGUUUACUUGAGAGAACAUCCCAAAAAAGGUGUAGAGAGCAUCAUUCAGUAUAAGCUUUAAGUAUUUCACACAAUCAAGUCUACUUUGAGAGGGUAGGGGGAGAUGUGCCGUGAUAACAGAAAAAUGUUGUCGGAACCCAAAAACAAAUAAAACUCUUGCGAUACUUAUCACGGAAACUUUUCAAGUUCAUCUAAGAUGCCAAGAAAAAGGAAAUCAAGGGAACACGAGAGAGCUUGCUAAACUAGUCUUGAUGUUACGAGACUCUCAUCCACUGGGGUACAAAGCUGAGUCCGUCAUACUCUGCGCAUAAUAGGCUCCAGCCUUAGACUGGAUAUCUAAUCAUUCCGAUUCUUCUGUCUGUCGUAGGAGUUUACGUAGAUAACUUAUCUGAAUACUUUGUCAAAAGUCCAGAGGAGAUUUGUAAACUGUUGAAGUCUGGCAAAAAGAAACUGGCCAUUGCCGGGACCAAAAUGAACAGACAGUCCAGCAGGUUGGUUUAAAGCUUAAAUCUUUUUGUUACAUUUUAUGAUAGACUCAGUGACUGAUUGACCGACCCACGGAUCGAGGUACUGACCGGCUGAGUAAUAAAAAGAAAGAUUAAGUGUCCGUCAAGUGCAUCCGUUUGUCAUCACAGCGCAUGAUAGGCGCGGUGAGUUUUCUUGCUAAUUUAUUCACAACCACUUUUCUUUUUAUUGCAGAUCUCAUGCAGUUUGUCUACUUAAAAUCGAGAGGCUCAGUGUUCCACGUCGUUAUGGAGGUGAUAAUCGUUUCGGAUUAACGUAAUGCAUGACUUUAAUUCCUCUCUUGUUUGUUCAAUCGUCGGUUUAAUUUUCCAUGUUUCAUUCCUUCUCUUUUUGGUUUAAUUGAUUCUGUCAUCAUUGCUUCGGGACUCUGACAGUGUCUGAUAAAAAAUAUAUAUAUUUCCUUUAGCAGUUUUUGCAACUGAUAACUCGCAAGCUUGCAGCGUGAACAUCACUCUAGUCUACUCUUUAUUACAGGAAUAACAGACUCCUUCAGCAGUUAUGAGUCGUAUUACAUAUCGGGAACUUCAGACACUGAGUAUUCAAGUGAAGGCGGCUCAGUUGAGGGCUUAGGGUCUUCUGAUCACUUCGAUGUGAGCGAAUUUUCCUUUUUUUUUUUUUGUUCUGCUCUGAAACGGUUUUUAAUGGCAACUGUUUCAGUUGUUUUAUCUUUUGUAAAAAAAAAAAGUAUACGUUCCUUUACAUCUCAGAGAAUUUCAGACUUACGUAAAUAGCGCUAGAUGAACGUGCCAUAAUGAUUCACUCUGAUGUAGGUUUGGUUUUUUCCUUUUACAUAGGAGGACGAAGAAAUGCUGUCUAGAAUUUCAUCUCAAACGAAUGGUUUGGCCGCCGUCAGAGGAAAACUUUACGUGUAGGUAUCCCUCUGGUGUUCGUCAAGUUCUUCUUGCUCUUCUUAUUUUUUCUUUCUCUUUUCCAUCCACAUCUGCUUCGAUUGUAUAUUCUUCCCGUUCCCUUGACUUUGGCUAUUUAGUUUGCUUUAGUUAAUCGAGGUGAGUACUGUUGGCACCGAGUUUUUCCGGCGUCUAAGUUUUUGUGCCUACCUUACGUUACGCCUAAAUCGUAUUGCAGCAAUUUCAUGGACGAGUGCAAAGCAGAGAUCACGCUUUACGGAAAUGUUUUAAUCUUUAUGGUGCAUUAUCGCAAUAUUUCAGAGUGAGCUGUCGCCAUGUUAACGACCGAUUUCAGUUUUGGUCGGCGUCUUAGGAAGCCACAUAUAGGGCAAUAUAUAGGCAUCACGCGCGGCCGCAUAAAGUCGCUUGCGGAGUUUUUUUUUUUUCACAUUAUUACUGACACAGAAUUGAAAAGUGUACGUUUCCGAGCAAAAAGGUCUUUUUAUCUCUGAUGAUCCAUAGAACCUGCAGGAGAAUAUGGUAUAAAGCAACUAUCGAAAAAUUUAUCUCCUUUUUACAAGAAGGAAAAAUUAAAUUUUUUUUUAAGAAAACGUAUGCUUGAUAUUAAGGAAUGAGGCAGAAGCGGAGUAAAAGGCUUGCCCUAUAUCUCGUUUGGUGGAAAAACGGUGGCCACAAAACUAUUUUUUUCUCAGCGUGGAAUUCAAAUGGAGUCUAAUUCAUAAAUUAUCUUGAAAAAAAGUCGUUAUGAGCUCCUUUAAAUCGGAUUUAAGAUGCUCUGAAAAAAAUGAGCAGAUGAAAUGAAGAAGUUUCACAAGCAACCUGCGCUUUACGAUCAGCUAGUUGAGUCAAAUUUCCUUAAUUUUCUUUCGGCUGCUAACUUUCCGUUUCAAGUACUAUCCCCUGAAAGAUGAGGUUUAGGUAAACAAUAGCAGACAAGAACACGAGAGGUCAGUAAAUAUGACCGGUUUAUAUGGCUUUCAACUUUAUCCUUUUAUCUUCUUUCCAUUUGGCGCCAAUUCUUUUUUAUCUCUGACGUAUGGAAGCUUGAGCUAUAGAUAAAGCAUCUGAUAUUUUUUCAACUGUUUUAAUUAUUCUAGGCCCACUCAGAUCUUGUUGAGCCAAUAUCCUCGCUUUGAUAUUUAGUUUUAACGCUGCAAUUCCGGUUCAAUAAAAAUCCCGGUAAUAUGAAAGCGUAGAAGCGUAUAAAGAGCGUGUAAAGACCGUGCAAGUGUUUAAACUCAAGUAGAUAUUUUAAUGAUUAGGCUCAACACCGUUUCACAAACAAAAAUCUUCGUGCGAAAAAAGGUUACAAGAGCUUGGAAAGACAGAGGAUAUGUUGAAAGGAGUUACGGUUUAUGCAUCCCGAAAACAUAAGUCCAACGCCACGCAGGUCACAAUCCGAGUCAAUCUUCUCCAUCCUCAACAAUCCUCCGCUAUUUCAGGUAUACUCCUACCUAUGUGAUGUUAAUCUUUCACAUUAAACUAUUCUUUCAAGUCUUUAUGCAGUAUUGAAAUAUUUCUUGCUUUCUGAAAUUGCCUAAGAUAUCGUGGCGGAGCCCUUUUUAUUGUAAGCACCAUGUGGGGUUAUCUUCGUUUCGUUUUGUUCGACCGGAGAUUUUAUUUCACAAUAUUUCCAAUCGCAGCUGUGAUCUAGCAGGCAGUGAGAGGGUGAAGAAGACUAAGGCUGAAGGUGAACGACUCCAAGAAGCACAGAGUAUCAAUUCCUCUCUGCUGGAGCUGGGGUAAGUUACUAAGAUGCUGAUAAGCGGCAUUAAUGAUUGGCCAAUUUUUGAGCCAAUAUGACGUGUUUGCGAUUUGUUUGAUUAACUUAACUUUCCUGCUAAAUUUAAACCUGCACUAAAAUUGAUUUAUUCUUCUAUAGGGAAUCUACGUAAAAAACAAAGGGUAAAAUUAUGGUAGAUAUUUAAGUACACAGUUGCUAUACUGUAUCUUCUCAUGCCCAAUAUUUCUAAACUUACGUCAGUGAUCACUUCUCGUAUUUCUCUGAACAUUAACUUAGAGGCUGUGACGAGGACGAAAUAAUCAUUUAAGUCCUUAUUUCAGUUAUACUUUACACUGGCAAAGGGUCACUUUUCUAUCAUGUAAUCUUAUUUUGAUAUUACUCACUGAUCGCGUUGGUAAAUUGUCCCAUGGUGUGUGGUGUGGGUCCCGAAAAAAAAUUAAAAAUAUUCAAUGAUGCAAAGUGAAACAUCCGCUAGAAGUUCUUAUAUUGAAUGAAUCGGAUCCCACUAAGGGUUCUCUCCGGGAGCUUUGUCUCUUCACUUUAAACCCAAACAGUCCUUAUCUAAUUCUCACACGUAAUAACAAACACGAUUGAAUAUUUUGUUUUUAGGCUAUGGGAGGAGCACUUCCAGUAUUCACCUGAAAGCAUAGACGAAAUGAGUGACUGAUUCUUGUGAUAAUGUUAAGCUUAGAGAAAAUUUGAGCCUCUGACUGAAAUAGCGAAUUUGAUCUUAUCCUACACAUCGCAAGAUAUUGCUUUCAUUCUCGACCAACUCAAGUGAUCUAGAAUAAUUAAUGACAGGAUGUGAAGUCCAAAAUUACAAUAUAAUGUUUUUUCAAGGUGAAGUAUCAAUCGUUUCAGGAAUGUGAUUCAAGCAUUAGCUGAAGGUACCAAGCGUCAUAUUCCAUACAGGAACUCAACACUGACAAGGCUGCUUCAGGAUGGCUUAGAUGGAAACUCCAAAACCAGUUUAAUUGUAAGUACAUCCUUCCCAGGCUCACCAGACUGGUUUGCUCAGUUUUUAACCAGCUAUAGCAGACAUAAGUCCAUAUAUCGUCGCGUUUGUUACACAUUUCAUCACAAGCUGACAGCAAAAUUUUGUUUGUCUGAUUGAAUGAGCCAGGUGAGAGCACUGUUAAUGUUUCCAUUUCUUGUCUUCCUUCUGAAAAUGACAGCAUUAUAUCAAAAGCCUUAAUCCGUUCCUUUUUUACUCUAUAGGUGUGUGUUUCACCUUCCUUUCGUGAUGUCAACGAGACACUGUGUAGUCUAAAGUUUGGCCUUCGAGCAAUGAAAGUUCGCAACGUUGCGCAAGUCAAUGUCGAGGUGAGUUGUAUGUACAGUCUGAAAUUUUGUAUAAACAAUCAAAAUACAGAUGAUAGUUCUCUUAAAAUGUUUUUUCCUUUCCUCAUUCCUCGAAUUCUAUGGAGUGGCGACUUAAGACUUACAGGCUACCUCUACGAAUCGGUAUCCCGAAAAAUUAAACAAAAAAAAAGGAAAAGCCACCCGGAGAAGGGGAAAUCCUUUCAAAAAAUCCUCCAAAAAUAAUCCGAACUGGUAUUAGUUGGAAUACCUGAUUACCCGGAUAUUGUUGUUCAAGUGUCGUUGGACACAUCACUGGCGUAUCCCAGACCCAAGUACGCUGUGAAAGCUGGCCAAUGCCAAAACAAAGUGGAUUUUUCAUUAUUUAUUCUGAAAGAAGCAAAUAUAUAUAGACGGUUAAUUCUUGGUGGCCUAUAAAUUGAAAUCCUCAAUUGAGAAAUGGAACCAAUACGCUAUGGGGAAACGCCCAAAACGAUUGAAGCUUAGGAAAGAUGAAGGAUUGAAAUGGGCAAGGGUACUGCAUAGAAAACGCGUUGAAUGUGAAAGAGUUUCCAACGCAAGUAGAGGUCUAGGUUUUUAGUUAUGAAUUAUACUUCUCUGCAAAGGAGCCGAGAAAAAAGGAGGAGAAACUAAAGUAGCGAAACGAAAGAAUUAUUGAGAAAACUUCAGGAACCAUAAAGAAUCCAUUACGCUUAUGACGCUAAACUUUGCUCUUAGCCGAGAACAAUAUUCAAUGUUUAUUCAGAAAACAAAGUUGGCUAUGAUCAUUAGCGUUCAGUUAUGCUCUCACUUAAGACCAGUUUGCGUUAGUCCCACAAAUACUUUUCUCCGUACUUUUUACAGAUCUAUCAGCACAGCUUUCACAUAUUAUACAAGUAGUUGAUAAUUUUUCACCACUGAGAGAAGUUUGUUUGUCAUAAAAAUCCGACAAAUUAAUCGCUUAUCAUUUUAGUUUAUCUUUUAUGUCUAAUUUGAAAGUGUCGUCAAACCAUCCGACUAUCAUAUAAUCAUGACAUUGACGUUUCAUACAAAUAAUUGAACGAGAAAAGGUUUGACCGUACGCUAAGUCGCCAUACAGAUAGAGAAGUAGCCUUUUUUCCGCCAUAAUCUGCAUAAGCACUUGUACUUGGAUUUCCAUGAUCUAGAUCGCAGACUCGCUAAGAUGAUUCAAGAAAACAAUAUAGUAAUAUCAACAGCUCUGACCGCAGUCAGGAGCCGGGCUCCUGUCGCAACCACGUACAACAUAAGCUCCUCUAUGGCACCCAAAAAAUCCGGUACUUAUUCUUUUUUCUUCCAUUCUUGUGGUGGCCUAAAGCCUCAUGCUUAAGCAGAUUUUAAAAGUGGCGAUGAGAAGUGUGGUGUGGAUUGUAAUUUUUGACUGCAGGGAAGGCAGUUGAUAAGCAGUUAUGUAAAAUACACGGUUUUGGUCGAUUGAUUUUUAUCCGUAGGAAAUCGUUUUGCUAACUUAGUAAACUUAAGAACUUCGCUAUGAUUCAAAAGAUCGACAUCGCAUAAAGUUAAGCUUCAGUUAAUACGUUAUGCGACAGAAACCCCACACGUAUUGAUCAAUGAUGGGCAAAGCUAGUACAAUCCUUUCCAAUUUUGUUUUCAGAGAUUUAACCUUUGAUUGCAAAGGAAUGCCAGAGGCUAUCUAUGUGGUUUUCUAUGUCGAUAAUUAUUUUUAUCAUUCGAAACACAUGUCUCUUUAUUUGUUUUGUUUUGGUUUUUUUAUUUUCUAUUUCAGUAUUUUUUUUUUCAAAUCUUGGUAAUAACUUAAUGAAAAUCAAUAUUUAUCAAUGAGUUUAGUAUUUUCCAUAUUCGCAUGUUACAUAGGAACGUCCAAAUGUUAGGAAUAACGACCCUGGCUAGCCCACAACUCCUAGUUGUCUACACUGAGCGUGGGAAACUAAAUAAUCAUAUUUAGGCUUUACGUUAUGCAAUCAUCUCCAUUAAUUUUAGAGGUCUCAACCAACACCGAAAAUUUUCCGCUUUCUAACUCAACUUUGAAUUUGAAUUGACUCAAGACGAACGUAGACCAUAGACUAAUAUAAUGAAGUUUUAUUACUCUUCUGCUUAACUUUUAUUUUCUCGUCUUCAAGCAUCUGCAACCUCAAACAUGAUGCAACGUCACCUCAUUUCAUUUCGUUUCACCGAUUUUAUUUUUUCUUUACUUCGUGUAUUUAUCGUUUUAUUUCAUUCUUACUAAAUUCAUUUUUUUUAUUUAAUCUUAUUUACUUUCUUCUUUCUUAAAUUCAUACCAUAAUCACUAUAAAAAUCAAUAAUGACACUGAUAAUAAUCAUGAUAUCAAUAAUAAUAAUAAUAAUAGUAAUAGUAAUAAUAAUAAUAACAAUUGAUUUUACAUAGAUCGGAAAAUUGCACCUCAGCAGACCUACUCUUUAAAAAUAAUUAACCACCACUAUUUUCUCUUGGAGCCACUGGAUAAAGUCUAAGUGUAAAAUGUGCCAAAACCUUCCCAAACUUAUCAUCAUCAUUCAGAUUACAUUUCAUUUAAAAUCAGACGAUUUAUUCAAGAAUCCAUACAAUGGUCUGUGACAGUGGAUACUUCACGAUUUUCAGUUGCGUAUUAAUUCUAUUGAUACCUAUGAUGCGUGUCUCUUCUUUUGUCAUUUUUCGUUCUUAGUCUGCUGUAUUAAACUCUAAUUUACCAAACUAACAUUUUAAAUUUGAGCCUCUUUGGUAGAAUUCGAAGUUGACUAAGUACUACAUAAAAUAUAUUUUCGAGUAGAAAUUCUAACAUCGUCAUAUCAGGAUUCUUCACGUUGAAAAGAUUUUAGAAAUUAAAUUGCAGUUAAUCAAGUCCAAGAAUUGAGUGUGGAGUUUAGUGUAAAAUAUUUUUGCCCAUCACUAACAGUUUAGUCAUAUUGCCUUCCACUCUGUCGCAUGUAACUCUGCCAUCUGAUUGAUAUCCGUCAAUGUCACGACCUUAAAUUGACUUAAUUGGGGUAUUUCGGUGUGAAUCGUGAGUCGGCUAUAUCAAAGCUAUUAAUAAAAACACUUGACAAUGUAUUGUUUAUGAAAUUAAAAGUGAACCAGGAGUGGAAAGAGAAAAGACUUGAAAAUGUAAUAACAAAACUCAGCUCACUUCGAAGGGGCACAACCUGUUGUUUAAGUAACAGACAUCUUGGUUUGCAAGACAAGAGAAAAUAUGUUUGACAUUUACCAAAUUAUGCGAUCUCUCCCGUUGUUAGCAGCUAUAUUGUUUGAUCGUCACCUGGAAAAAAUUUAUUCAUUUGCUGAUUGAGCGCGCGUUGCCCGUCUUUCACCCGGUGUGUUUUGGAAUUCUCGCGCUUUCAGCACGAUUGAAAGUCAGCUGGAAUGUGUUUUCAUCAACUCAAAUCGCUCAUUCUAUGACCCUAAGCGGAAGGAGGAAAAAUGACGGAGAUUUUGCCCAGGGUAGAAAGAUCCUUACCAGGUUCUUGCUGAGAUCUGCGUUGAGUAAGAUAUUCUUCUGUAUAUUUUAGCCAUACCCCUGAGCUAUUUCGUCUGUAGUCAUUAGUCAACAUUCUCUGUUUAUCAAACAAGGCAAAUGAAGAGUCGAAUUGCAAAUAUUCUUGACAGCUAGACAUGUAAAACAAGUGGCUUGUAUUAUUCGUAAGAACAUAUGGUAUUGUUUUGUGGCCUCAGUUCAAGCUUUCACUCCUUACCACAAAACCCCAUUCACAGUCGCUUUAUAUUAUAUUGGGUAACUGAUGCAAAAAUGAUUUUGGUUGCCGUUACAGAUUGAUUACGAAAAAAUGGCCAAGCAACUCAGCGAGACAUUAGAAAGCAGAGGUGAGUGAAAUACCCGCAAUGACACUAGACUCGGUCGCUCUGAUUGCCGAGUUUGAGAUUCUAAAAUCCUAAAUCCAACGCUCAAGGUAUUUGAACGAUUGAAUACUUCGAGAAUUCUUUCCUUUUGCCGUGAAAACACGAUUGAAAAAAGCUACAAGAGCUUUUACCGUGCUUCAUGUACUACUCAAGUUGAAGUUUAAUGCGGUUUUGGCGCGAGUUAGCGGCGAAGAAAGGAGGUGAGCUCAGGUCGCUCGCUGGCUCUCGUGUCAUUUAAAUCACAGACAUCUCUUAUUACAACACACUGAGCAGCAAGACAGAAACAAAACAGAAAGAAGAACAUAAUGAAAAUGGAUCUCAAUGUUGUUUUAUGCAAACAACUAUUUAUAAGCCACACCGUGGGCUUUUGUGUACGAUGCUGUUUAGAAUAAACACAAUAGAUUACCGAAUGCGCUCAACUUACGCCGAUUUGAUUUUAGUAAUUGCGUGAAUUCAUGGCGAACAGCAUGCAAGUUCUUUCAAAAUGAGGGCCGCGAUACUUCACUCUUCACCCACGUUUCUAGUCAUCCCAAUUUCAUAAAAGGUAAACCCAGUUUGUCAAGUGUAAAAAUAGCACUCUUUUGUGGUUGUCCGGGGCAAACAAUGUUCGGUACAAAUUUAAAUACUGUUUUUGAAUGCUCUAUUGCCUUUGAAACAUUGGAAGUCGGUUUUGUUCCCUUUCAUUGUUGCCAAUUAAGGCCUUGCUUUGUUAUGCAAAAUGUAUGCUCUAGAAAGUGUUUUCCAAUAUCAUAUGGACUGAUUUUGACUAUAAUUAGCAGCGCACCAUUUCUUGGUUAAUUAGUGUUCAAUUCUUGGUUCCUUUUUACGUAAUACCUAAUUAAAGAGCGGUCCGUGUCAGGGCUUAAGUUACAGACAAGUACAACGUUUUUCAACGACAAUUUGUUUCAAAUUUAUCAUUUGUCUUACUCACUGACUUCUUGUUUAUCGUUGUUUUUUUGAAAACUUUUAUAUGAUGGAAAGUGAACAUGUUCUGAGUACCGCAGAUCAAUGUUAUGACCGGCGCCGAUAACUUUCUGAAAUAUGUGUCGCGUUAAUUGCAACGGAGAGAACUCACUCAAAUUUCAUUUGAUUAAUUAUUUUUUAAUCAUUAUAAUUGUUCCUCAAAAGAUGGAAACAGCUAAUUGGUAAAUGAAGCGUAGAUAGUGGAGAUUAAAACGGCUGGCGAAUGAUAACGAACCUGAACUGAAAUGUGAGCUCAAAUUUUUUAAGACGCUGGUGUCGUUCAUUUACCGAUCAGUUUACAAACAUCCAGCUAGUAUUUAGGUUUGAAGCAAGUACGAUGUAAUACAUCUUUUUCCUUUUUUGCCAGCCCUCUCGCAAACUGGAAAUUUAAUUUUGUUAACGUAAAUUGGUAGAAAUUUUACCGGCCGUAGAAUAAAAAGUCUCGGCUACUUUAUAUUUUUUUGCUUGGCUAUUUUGAAUUAUAAAAUUAUUUUUUCAACUUUUCAUUUUUUCCAAAGUCAAAUGUCAAAUCAAUUAAAUGACCGAGACGAAAAUUUUCAAUUAAGGAUGGGGAACUGGAUAAUAAAAUUGGUUUUGCUGUUAUUAUGAGUACAGUAGUGUACGAGAAAAUUGAUCAACAAACGACUUUCACUUUGAUUGCUAUUGACAUAUUGAGUGCAGUUAUUUUCGUCGCUUGACAAUGACCUGAGGUCAACCUGUGAUGCAAAAAAGGUUCGUUUGUUAUAGCGUGACAAGGAAGUAGUACAUGACAGUGAAGAUAAUUCGUGACUUGUUUCGAAUGCUCAUCGACUCAAUCGCGUUUUACGCAAUAAGUGGCAAAAUAUGAGGGAUUAACGCUGCCAAUUGGGUGCUUUUGAUCUUCCAGUUUCAUACGCUACUCGCCUGUAUUGUAAAAUCAUAUGAAAGAGACAUAUUUAAUCUCAGCACCACAUUACAUCUGCGCACAGAAACUUGUACUGUCUCUUAAUUCAACUUAAAACCACUUUCAUCCUCAAUGCAUUUUGUUUUUUUCAAGUGAUCUAUGUUACUUGAAACAUAUAAAACAGUAUUGCUCAUUCUCACAUGAUAGAUGGCUUGAAAGUUUCCAGACCAAAUGUCAGGAGCUUUUCAUAAUGGGCUUCUGCAAAUGUUCUGCAUGCCUCGAUUUAACUAGAUUUUAUCUAUUGUUAAUGUCAUGUACAAUAACGGAUAUCUUAAAUUCUUUUUGUGAUGUUGGGUCGAACAUUAUUGGCCACUGACUUGCAUUUAUCUCUAGAAAGUUCAGCAUUCUCAAAAGUCACCAUUCACAGAUCUUACUCGAAAUGCUUCGAGAUUCAUAGACGAAUUUUAUAAAUCAGAGUGUAACAAAUGCUGCACGCCUUUAUGGAAAUGUCUGAAAUUCUUAGUCGGCUUAGGGUGCAGGCGUAGAUUAAAGGAUCAUAACACAAAAGCAUUCAUUCCACGAGGAGAGUUAUUCAGUGACAUGACGACUGAUGUACUGACGUUAAAACUCCCUAAUUUAUCUUGUUUUUUGGGGGGUCGGAUAAGACGAGUUGGUAGUCCUUCCCAAUUCUCUACAAUAGUCCUUGUUCAUUUCAUACAGAAAGCAUUGAUUGGCUAAGUUUUUACCCUAUGAUAUUCAUACCCUUCUGAUAGAGGAAAUUGUCAUGGAUUGGAUAGAAGAAAUAAAGAAGAAAUAUGUAACAAUUAAGUUAACUCUUUUCAGUCACGUCCUGUCUAAGCCAGUGUAAUCAAUUACAUGUAUUAGACGUCUUGUUAAAUAUCAGAAAAACUUAUAUGGAGUACAAGUUCCCCAGAACUAGCUAUGGAUACACGAAAUGAACGAAAAUCUCCUCCUGUGAAAUAUUAUUACUACCUUUAUCCAUGGUUCUGCAAUUUUUUUUCCAAUUUCUGUACCCGAAAGGAAUACUUUUUUCAAGGAGCCGAAUAAAACAAAAAUCUAAAUUUAGGACCAAGCUCUCGUUCCCCAAAUUUCUCACAUUGAAAAAUCUCUUCGACGCACUUUGAAGUUUUUAAUUCCUUCUUAAGUUUAUCCGGAAACGAUUUUGCUUUGUUUUAGUGUUACAAGACAAUGUAAGGUACAGAUAACGAUUAAAAAAGAGCGGAUGGGCGUUGAAAAAUUUGAUGAAAAGGGUUGCCUCCUUCGGUUGAGAGAUACAUUCCUCUCUGCCACGACUUAAUCACACCACAAAGGAUAAUAGCAAGGAUUUCUUUAAUAAAGAGGAAAUGCUUGUUUGAUGGUAGUGAAGAUGUUAAAUUUUUUUCUGAAAUCUAAAUCGUAAAAGAGUAGAGAUGUAUAGAAUGCGCUUUGUGGAGGAAUUCCGUAACUGAUUUUUGUGAUAACUCUCUAAGGAACGUCAAUGAAAACUUUUGUCUGUUUGUCACCUUAAAAGAAAUAAGUAUGUGGUGGUCGACAAUAUAGUCUAACUUUCUCUAGCCCGUUACCACAGGAGUUCGUGAGCCAGUUGUGGGAAAGAAAGUCUUGAGAGUUAAGCAUAACAUUGCGUGCUGUGUUUUGAAUGAACAAGCAGUUGUCAUGAUGGCGUGGCUGCUUGCAAAUCACAGCUUCCUAAAUCCACUUGAAAUUCAUGACAACAAAGGAAACACAAAGCACUCGCCAUUACUGAACUCAAACAGACCUCACCUCGUGCUGUGUUUUACGUGCGAAGCUCGCUCGCGAAGUUUCAAGUCCGAAAGCUGUCGUGGUGCACAGAGGACACAAUUUGGAAAUGUGGUGCCUUUGAACGUGCUCGGUAAGCUAGUAAAUCCACUUAUCCCUUUAUAAUCUUAUGACUCACCAAAACGCUGAUCCAAUUGGGAAAUGCUGUCCUAGGCCGUCUGGCUUAAUUCUUUAUUGGAAUUAAGAUUCUUGGCCAUUUGGGUUCGUGAUUUAACAAUUACAUCCUAUGCUUAUUUGUUCGCUUCGAGGACAAGUUAAUACUGGAUCAGAUCAAAGCAGGAAUUCCUGCUUGGAUUUCUUGAUCUUUUGUUAAUAAGCUCGAGUCGGAUUUAUUAACCUGCGAAUUGCUCGACAGCAGACUAUUACCGGCUUCUGAUAAGCCCAGGUGAUGUACGCGUCGUCUCGAGUUUAAGUGAUUUAUUUGCAUUUGCAAAGGAUAGUACUACUCCUACUUUAUAGUAUUGGAACUCAGAGAGAAGCACUGGCAUGGAUCUUUCCCCUCGUAAAACGUUUCUUUCCGCACCGUUUCGCCUGCUUAGAACCGAAAAUGUUGGUAGGAAAAGCUCUAAAGCGAGUAUGAGCGAGGCCUUGAAGAGGGCGACGCUUACGCACGCGGCAAAAGGUAUGACAUGCUACGAAUUAAUGACCUGUAACUUAAAAAGCGUCUAAGUGAAUAUUUUUCUCUCUUCUCUGCAAAUCGAUGGUCGCAUUCUGUAAUUUAUGGCCUACAAAGACGCCAUGAGUCGCCCAAAGCUAAAUACCCAGUAGAUUUUUGCUUUUGAAUAGGAGAGGGUCACGUUCAUGAUGUGUAAAUCACUAAUGAACGCGUUACACCCUAUAUGUUUUUGAAAUGUGCUACAGUGUUAGAAAAAAAAAGUUGUACUUUUUGCCUUUUUAGAUCGUGUGCUCCACGAUUUCAUCCAACACGGCCACUAUACUUCUUGUAGUAAAAUCCUUUCACAACACUAAUUGUGUUAUUUGACCCCGAGUACUUAGCGGUUUAUUCGUAAAUUGAAACAGCACGGAGCCAAUUGUUGACAAAUCACGCUAUAAUUAUAAGAUCACGCUGCGACUGAAGAAUACCAGUAGCGGGCUUAAAAAAGAGUCGGUGGUUACGGAUAUGACAUGUAUUGACCAAAACAUACCGAACAGCGGUUCAUAUCCGAAUGCCAGAGCAAAUUAAAAUCAUAAGCUUUAAGACCGAAAGUUUCACAUGGAGAAAGGAAGGAGAACUGUUUUCGUUCGACAUACUAUAAAUUAUUGUAAUAAGCUGAGUUCUACACGCAUUUUCAUGGGUUAGCUCUUAUGAUCUGUUGGAGGACAGACGCAUGGACGGCAUCAGCAUCCUACACCAAAUUUUGCUUCUUUAUUCAAGAAAACAAAUAGACUGCACUAAAUCAAAACAGGUUCACUAUGGGCGUUCUCUAAAGAAAUUGCAAAUACUUGCGAGAUUUGUUUGUCGCAUACUCAGACAUUAGUCUUGGUUUCUCAUUAUUCACGGUCCGUGUUUCUAAGGGUGUCUCUCCAGCUGGUUAUGCAUCUUUACCUUUUGUUAAGCUUACCUGUUUUAAAGAAGGCCUAUAACAUUCUCAAAUCAAGGGCCUCCUUUUUCAGCGAUAAACUCAUUUGCCAGUUUGUUUGUUUUGUUGAAUUUUUUUCAUUUAUAUUGUUAUCAUAACCACCAAGUUGAGGGUGGAAAACAGGAAAGUGUAGUAACCACGGAAACGGUAUGAUUUAGUGAUGCCAUUCAAAGAAGCAUUACCGAGCAUUCCCAUCUCAGCAAGUAGUAUGUAGACGCGUGGGUGGGAAGAAGAAUGGAUUUUUCCCUAUCUACCUUAAUCUAAUAAAGUUAGCCUUAUCAUUUUGAUCUGAGAGUCGUGUUAACUCGCAAAUACUUUACGCCUCAUUAGAACCUAAACCGGAGCAUGUAUUAGUCUGCUGUGGUACUGAGAACUUUUUCAUUCGUUCAUUCAUCCUCUUUCGCCUCCAUAAGUCGAACUCGUCGUCUAUUCCUUUAUUUAGUUAUUUAUCAAGGUAGAGGCAGAUGCGCUGCAGAGUUCGGUUCUCGACGAAAACUGUCAUAAGGACCUGUAUUUCUUUUCCCUGUUUAGGCCACUAAGCCACCCUUUCCGCCACAAAUGAAUUAAACUUUAAUUUCAAGUUUCAAGAGUUCUUAGAAGGCUUGUGUUGGCGAUUAAUGCUUAAGAAACUUUGCUGUCAUUAGGAAUUGUCUGGAUCAGAAACACAUUAAAAACUAACGGCCCAGAAUGGAUUUUAUUUCCUUUUUCACUUGUUUGUUUGUUUAUUUAAAUUGGCACGUGCAAAAUUUACCUAUUACUGUGCAAGUGUGUUUUUCACGGUAUUGAUAUUUUUGGUUGAUGCUUUCCUUUUCGAUUAAUCCGUGCACAUAAAAAAGAACCACUUUAUAUAAAAUACGUAAAACACCACAUAUUAUUUUUACAGAGCGGGAGUGGCGACACCUGAAGGCCGAAUAUGAAAGUUACAUCAUGGCGCUAGAGGCCGAGAGGGAUACGCGACAAAGACGAGGCGCUAAGCAACAAGUAAACAAAUUGUCUUAAUAUUUAAUGAAAGUAAUGAAAGCAAGGGUCUUUAACGUGAUUUGGAAUAAAAAAGAUACCGAGUUACAGGUAAUGCAAGAUAAACAUAGCAGUAGAGAGAAAGGAAUCACAAUGGAGUUCUAAUUGAUUUAUCAAAGAUGAGACCACAAUUUUAAAAUUUUCCUGGCUCCCAAAAUGUGGGUUCGAAGCUCAGUUAAUAGUAUAUAGCGACCAAACUAGCUGGGAGGCCUGGGUUCCAUAAAUUGCACCCCAUCAGCGAGUAUAAUUCCUUGUCCGAUUCAAGAUGAGAUGUCUGAGUGAACCAGGACCAGGAAUCCAAGGUUUAGCGAUAUUGGUUUGAAGGCUGCGGUUAUCAAAGUUUGUUAACUAUAGUCUUUAAUUCUUUUGGAUCUCUCUGGACUGAUUUCAGGUGACCUCGGAAUGCCAUGAUCUUACCGAAAAGGCCCUUUUGCCAACAAUCGUAGAGGAGGAAGCUCUAAAAAACCAGACGAAAGCAGUAUUGCUUGCAGAAUUGGUUUCUCUGGAGUUAUUCUAUGGUUUGGAAGAUUUGGUUCGAGAUGGUUCAACAGGGAAGGCUCAGGGCGUCGCAAGCAGCAAACUGCACAGUCUUACAGACAAAGAUUUGCUGCUACAUAGUGCUGAAACACUAUUAGAGGUAUAGUCUAACUACGUUGUUGUAAGUAGCAUGCAAUCCUGUCGCACAAACCAGCUUAAAGUUAUAAGUAUGAUAUUUGUUGCUGAGACGAUCAUAGGGUCAACUCUAGGAGUCACCUGUUUCCAGUAGUCACGUAUCUUUAAAGCGUCCGCUGACCUGAUCAGUAUUCAUUCAUAGGAGACUGAGCCGUUCUACAUUCACAAUGUGCAGUGAAGAGGCAAGCUAAAAGCAUUUUCCAAAAUUUGAAGCUUAAGUAGGGUUCCACAGUUGUUUUCUCUAUCUGAGAAAGUUUCUGGUGUGAGUGAAAUAUCCCAUGCCCAUAGGGUGAAAUCUGAAGAAGCUGUCUUGUCUAGUCACAACAACAGCUUACGUUGCUGAUUUCUGAUAUUUUUUACCAGCUUACCGAAUACUUCUUCUCAAAGAGCGCCCUUGCUAUCGACGAAAAUGGCAAGAACUCAAAAGGUGCUACAUCUGAAACUCAGAAAACGGUUUUGCCAAGCUUAUCUUUGGAGUUAGGUAGGUCACUCUACGCUUUUUGACAAAUACCCUUGUAUCAGGUUAACAUAAACUGCUCGUGGUCUUCUGCCUUGUUUAUGAUAUGUAUUACAUAAUAUACUGGUAUUCCAUAAUGCCUUCAAAAGUGGCACCAACGGACCAAGUUAUUAUGUUUAUGAAACAAGCGUAACUUGUUUUACUGAAACAAUUCUCAGACUCUUAGAAUCUUUAACGAAGAUUCUUUUUGUACUUUAUGUCUGCGUUGUCGAUGACAUCAUCGGUGGGAGAUUUGUUUACUUAACCAGGCAUUCAGAAUACAUUACUAAGCUAGGCUAUCACAAAAACUUCUGUGAAUUAUGGUUGGCGCAGGAAAAGGAGAUCAGAAAAGCUUAAAUUACUUCGCGAAAAUAACACCAGAGGGCGAUAAAAUGUGUGUAUGCGUAAAUCAAUAAUUAAGGGUAUCCGGCUUGGGCAGAAGUGCUAUUUACAUUUCAGCUUAGCGCUGUUGAGUUUGAUCUCAUGUUAGCAGAGGCUUUGACGUUCAUAGAACAAAUUAAGUGUAAAGCUAACAAGCUUAAUCUGUAUGUUAUUGCAUAAACAAGAGUUUCUGAUUAAUCUUGCCAAAAGCAAUUUAAAAUCCAUUUAAGAUCGUGAUACAUUAUUGGAGGAUUUCAAUGCUCAGAUUAGAUGAGCAAGACCAAAUUAAAACUGUUACCGCCCUUUGUAUAUUCUCUGGAAUAUUCCCUCGGUUUCCUGUAAGCAAACUGAACUACCGCUAUUCCUUAUUUAGAAAUAAAUGUUUUGGCGGCAACUGACCUCAAAGUAAUAUCCACAUGAUUUCGUCAUCGGUUCAGUAAAUCGCUAAGAGCAGUUUAGGGUCAAAAGGCGAAGUUUUGUUUUGUUUGUAAGCGUUUGACUUAAACUUGUACCGGCGACUAAGAGCCGAUGCCCCUAAAGCAGAAUUAGAUAUUUGAAGUAUACUUAUACUUUAAGUAUGCUUCUAUAGAAAAAUAAUAGCAUUUUGACUCUUAACGCGAGUUUUAUCAAUGACAUUUCUCUGAACUUACAUCGAUCUAUUUUCAUAUGCUGUGUGUCUGCAGAGCAAGGUUUUUGCUAUCGGGUCUAAAUGACGAUUGUCGGCAUACACGUCAACCCUUUGUGUAAGCCUCACAAAAUGUUUAGAAAAUUGGGCGACAGAUAUCGGCCACGAACACGGACCCCUGGCGUGAAAGCAAAUAAACUCUUCAACCACUAAGGACUUUAUUUCGUAUUUUUCUUUGUAUAAGUUUCAUGCACGAACGAUAACUGAAAUGCGUGGGGCGAACAAAGCAAGCCGCAACAUGAAGAAUUUGUAAACUACCCUCAUCUUGUUCAAACAAAGAUGAGUGAUUUAUUCUGCCUUGCGUUUAUAAAUUUUGCGGUUGUCUUUCGUGACUUAUUUGCACAGCUAAUCUCGAAUACAAAAGCCUUAACCCCGAGGAUAAAAUGAAAUAGGCGUCGCAAUAGUCGAACCAGUAUAUUUACUGUGAAGUCUUCCACCAACAGUUCAACAACAGCAAUUGUCAGCAUGCAUUCCUUCUAAGCUGUGUAAGCUAAGCAGUGCUUGGUAUAAAGUAAAAAUACUUCGCGAAGGUAAAGGAUAUUUCAUUAAAUUAUGUAACAUCUGGUAGAUGAUGCAGGAAUAAUUGUCUCAUCACAUGUUCUUGUUUCAGACUACGGAUCGCGACACAGCACACCGAACGACGAUUCCUCGUAUGAGCGAAAAUUGCUUGGUGUUAGAGAGUCGCUGAGUAAGUUGAAACGGAAAACUGACUCUGCUGCCCUAGGAUUCCUUUCGCAUCUAUUGGAUACCAAACUGGACGAAAAAGAGAAAGGUAAGCUAAGCAGUUUGCCUCAUUGCGAUCUCCUGCUAUUGUGCAGAGUUUCUUUCCGUGCUCGUGUGCUUGACAUUCGAUGGAAAGGUUGAGUUCUUGCCCCAGAAAACGCUGUGCGGUAUUUUUUGUGUAACAAAACGAUGAAAUACACCUUCCCGGGUAAAGCUGAGGCAUGCAACUCGCUAUAAGGUUCUAUCUGGUAUAGCUCAAGAAGGAUUAAUCGCUGCACGCGUGGUCUCAAUUAACACAAUUUUGAACUCAUAAACAGGUUUAUUUGCAUUUAUCUUGUAACUCGGAAAUACAACUGGGCUUUGAAACAUUUAGAAAAAUACAUGGCAUAUGUAUGCAACUUUUACUUUUAACAUCUUUAUCAAAAGUUCUGGAAAAAAAAAAUUACUCAAAAAUCAAACAAAAAAAACAAAUGGUAUAGUUUCUACGUUUCCGUUUAGAGUUUAAUGUUAAAAUAAUCUGAAACAGCUUACUGAUUAAAGCCACAAUUCAGAUUUCAUCUGGGGUUAGUUAGUGCCGCGACAACUGUCAAGUAUUGUCCAAAGGUUUAGCUCUUCGUGAGUCUAUGCAAAUAAUGCCUCGGUCAGAGAAAACCAUUGACUUCCGUCGGUUGCCAGUUCAGCAAGCUACGUCCAGCCUCUGUCCCUAAUUUCUCACUAUACGCUCUCUUCCAAAUUUUUUUGGGGACGGCCCUUCUUUCGUCGGCCGUUGGGAGUCUAUCAGAGGGAGACUCUGUGCAGGGCUAAUCGGGCAUUCGGAUCACAUGACCGAUCCAAAGAUUUAGCGUGGUUGAAUUGCAUAAAAAAUUUGAACAGCGCUCUAACGUCCACAAAUCUUCAUUAACUCAUCUAUUCGCUCAUUUAUUAAUAUUUUUUCGUUUUUGACUUGUGAAUUUUUAUUUUUUAUUGAUUAAUUUUAUUGAUGUUUACAUUUUCUUCCAUUUUACUUAUAAUGUACCUAUUACCUAUGAUUUUUCUCUUUGUUAAAAAACUAGUCUGCAUUUUCAAGUGUUUCUUCGGUACCUACUUCUAUUUUAUUUUCUCACGUUUUUAUUUACUUCUACUUAUUUCCUUAGAAUUCUAAGUUCAAAAUGCAGUUUUCCAAAGUUUAGAUAUGAACGGAUCACAACCAUUACUUCAAAAUUAAAAUUCAAUUUUUUUUUAUUAUUUUUUGGCAUUGGGAUCGAAGCAAGGUAUUUCAUGAUCCAAAGUGAUACGAAAAUAUUUUCCGCGACUGACUUGAAUGACCGGAAAUGCCUUGUAUAACAUUGAAAAUGCAUUUUAUUCUUUGCUGACUCGAAUUUUUUUAAAAUUUUUUUUUCUUUAAUUGGGUCUUUCAUUAAGUCAUAAGAUAACCGCAUUCUUAGUUUCUCAUAAAGAUAACCCCAUGUGAAAAACUCUUUGUUCCCUUUCAAUCCUGAGAGCAUUGGAGAAGGGCAUCCUCACUUUCAAAAAAUUUCUAUCUAUAUAUAUUAUUAUAUUGUAUAGAGUAGUUAGCGUACGAUACGUUUUCACAUUUAAUUAAGCUCUAAAACUUUGGUUUUGUUAUUUUUCAAAUUACAGUACACUGUGGGUAUCAACUGAACCUUAUCGUGUUGCAUUAUUUUUAUCACAGACGUUUAAUUAGCCAGCAUGUAGACAACCUUGAUGAAUACCAUCAACCAAUUUCAAAUCUUAAUGAGUGAAUGGAAAAAACUGAUAACACUUUUAUUAUGUUUUCUGACAAAUAAACUGCGCAAUUUUGUACAUGAGUAGAAUGCAAUUAUACCAAGUCGGCAAAUACAAUUCUAGAGAGUAUGGAUUUUAUGUCAUCAUGUGCGGUCGUUUCUAAUUCUUUUGGUUGAGAACCAAAAACCCUCCACGAAAAGGUAGAAUGAUGUUACAUAAGAAUUUUAAUAUCGGUUAAAAGGUUAAAUUUUGAACGUGAGUUAUUUCUUGUUAUCUCUUCAUGUAAAUAUCAUUUCAACUUACUCUAAGACUUAUCAUUCAAGUCGCUGACAGACUUGUUUUUGUGAAUUUGUUGCCUCAAAGCCACUUCUAGACUAAAAGAACACCUCAUAAAUUGUUGUGAACUUUGAAAGUCAGUAAGUGACUUAAGGACAUUUUUCUUUACUUUUUUUCUCAGGUUUACAGGAAUACAAAAGGCGACUGUUUGAACUUCUGAAACACCUUCUAAAAUCUCAAGAUUCUGCCACAGGUAUGAUUUGAGUACUCUCUAUAAAUAUAUAAACAUUUGUAUAAGUGUACGCACUUACAUCUUACAAUUUGGCGUCGACGAAAGUCUACGAAGAUUUUCGUUUUAGAUUAGGUUAUACUAUUUAACUAGUGUACCUUGAGAUUUUAAGCAACAUGUAAUCACUGAAAUUGGGCGACAAAAGGAACGAGACAUUGUUUUAUUUCUCGGAACAUCGCCUAUAUGACUCAGAAAGAGGAUAAUUUAGUCGUCGGUGUAUCAAAAAUACCCGCUGUUUUCUUGGUUUUAAUUUCUUAAAUGUGUUUAUUGAGAUGAGCUUAGUUGCGUGAAAAUCACGUAUUUCCAAGAGAGAAGGUUGCACUGGGAUCAUACUCUUUUUGGAAUGGCAUUCGGCUAUCUUUAUACAUACCUCUGCACGAGUCCUUCCACUCUCCCCCCCAUUCCCUCUCGAAUUCAGUGUUGGCUGUUACUAAAAGAACUGGGGCGAGUGCCAAUAUUUCCGCUUUGAGAGUAUGGCGGGGCAUUUCAAAGAAAUUUUAUGAGGGUUGUCAGAUUGCCUAUUAAAGUCAGUAUGGAAAAGAGUGCCUAAAUUAAAAAUUCUGGGCAUGGACUCGGGUUUUAAAAUUUACUUCAUCACAAUGAAUUUUUACAUAUUUUUUUUUCUUCUGAAGACGGCGAUGGAACUCCCGUCGAUCCAUUGAAGCUCGAACAAUCCUUGUGUCAUGUGCUUAUGGACAAAGCCAUUCUGAACUGUCUCUUGCUGUUGGACAAAGCUGAUAUGGAGUCCCGCAUCAGAAUUUUAUCACAGCAACAAACGCAGUUUGAUUUUUCAGGUAUUGCCAUGUCUAAGAAAAAUAUCACCCUUUUCAUUAGCUGGAGCUUGAGAUAGGUUCGUUUAGAGAAGUAUGAUCCGAAAACCAUAUGAUUUUUGUCUCUGCCUUUAAAAAGGAUAUUUGAAUUUCUAAAACUGACGAGGUUUCAUACAAAGUGCUAAAAAGGUCGACCAUGGAAGUUGCUAUUUUGAGCCUCGUUUGGGAGCCUAGCCACUCCCCAUCGACUUGACAGUCUCACUAUUUCUCUUCUUUUUCGAUCGCUUGGUGAACUAUUUAUAAAAAUAUGAGCUACAAGAAGAAAUUUUUUCAGUCAAACAAGGAAUUUUUUAUCAUUGGUGACAACCAGAGCUGAAUCUGCGCGUAAAUCGCGCUUUGUGAUACGCGACAUUCGGUGAGAGUAGAGCCAGCAUGGAGGCAUCCAUGACAAUAUUUUUGGCAUAAUUGAGGAAAAUUUUCAUUUAUAAAGUUGCCUCUUUGGAAUCUAAAAACACGGCAAAUAGCAAAGUUCAAAAUGUAUACUUUAAGGGCAGAGACAAAAUCAAUGAUUUCUUAGGCACACUUCUCCUUUGACUUAGCUGUAUUUCAUCCUUAAGGAAUCAGCGGUAUGACAGCCGAAUGUUCAAGUCAGUCUAGCGAUGACUUUGUUCCCUCUCCACCCCUGUCAGGAACACAACGCGGAGAAGGACGACUGACAUCUGUCGACGAAGGAGUGGUACUUGAAAGUUUGAGUGACAGCGCUAACAGCCGCGAGAAAUUAUCGGUGCAUUUGGAAAACACAAUGGAGGAACUCGAAGCCGAAAAUGGGCGUUUGUACGAAAAAAACGAAGAACUACGAAAAAGGUAUGAACAGGCUGAAGGCGAAAAGAGUAAAUUGACUUUGAAGAUUUUGGAAUACGAGGAAAAGCUUCAAAGAAGUGAAAAGAAACUAAAACAUUUCACGCCAUCGGAAGCCAAUGCUGAAAAGGACUUAAGGAGUAAGAUUGAAGAGAAAGAUUUUGAAACAAACGAAUUAUUGAUUCGCGUUGAUGAGCUAGAGGAUCAACUUCAGUUUAGAGAACAAAGGAUAGAAUUUCUACGAGGGAAGGAGUCGAAGCUUCGGGGACAGCUUUCUGAGGAGAGAAAACGCUCUGACAAUGCAGAGGAACGAAGUGCAAAACUGCAACUCAAAAUACGACAACUUGAGGAUAAAUGUGAACAGUGCGAGCUCAAACUAGCUUCGUUCACGGGAUCAGAUCUACUUGAGAUUAACAGAAUAACAAAGCAAUUAGAAAACUCGAUUGCAGAGAACAAAACGCUCAGUCUGAGAGUUUUCCAACUGGAAGACAGAUUAAAUGAAUCCGGUGGCGUCUUAAGUCUACGGAGUCGUGACGAGAAUGAGAAUGAUGAUGAUCAGAGGAAAAUUCUCGAGAAGAAAAUAAUUGAAUUGGAGGUUAAAGUGAAGGAACAGCAGGUUAAAAUUCUGAGUGUGAAGGAAUAUGAGCGAAGGCUUCGUGCCGAACUAUGUAAGGAAAUGACAAAGAAGCUUACAAAGGCUCAAACGCGUAGUCGUGAACUUGGCGAAAAAAUCUUUGAACUAGAGACAAAGCUUAGACAAGCAGAACAGCAGUACUCGACUGUUAAAGACAUGGAUAUGAAUGUUCGAAGUGCCAUGCGCGGUGACAUUAAAAUUUUAACGGAAAAGUUGGUAGAUGCUGAAGCUCGCAAUAAGGACGCGGAGGAACGCCUCCGCCUCUCACAGCGUGAAGUGCUUAUAACGAAGCAAAGCGAGCUGGAUUUGCGUGAAAAAACUCAAAUGUUGGAAGUAGAAAACAGCAAAUUUCAAGAAAAAUUUCUUUCUCGGAAAGACGAAAAAACGGCUCGGAGUUCAACCGGAAGAACUGCAGACAGACUAGAAAAGUUACGAAAAGAGAAUUCAAAUCUUUCAUUAGAACUAAAAUCGUUCAGAGAAAACACAUUAAAAUUGGAAAGGGACCUACUUGAAAGGGACCAGGAAAUUUUGAAUUUGCGAAAUGAAUCUGUGGAUCUUUCAAGCGAGGUAUGCAAGUUAAGAACUGAACUUGACGACAGUGAGAGAGAUAAAGCUCAACAGGAAAGAAGUCUCUGCAGAUACGCGGAAUCAGUGGAAAAGUUACUUACAAAAGUGUCUGUACUUCAACAGGAAGUGGAGAGACUUCGGGCCAGCGAAACGGCAUCAACAAACGAAAACGAGCACCCUGCGGAAGUAGACUCUAAAAGCGAUACCACAGCGUCAACCCUAGUAAUUGGUGAAGAGCAUCCCGAGACUUUUUUCCAACCCCUAAAAGCUAAAGUAGAACGCAAUGAGAUUUCUGAAACAACACAGGUGGGCGUAGAAAAUCUUCAAAGAGAGAAAACCGAGCGGCAAACCAUAAUCGAUGACCUUCAACAUGAAAACUCGAAGAUGGCCAAAGAGAAUGAAAGGCUCAUCCAAGAAAUAAAAACUCUUGAGGCCAACUUGUCAAUUGUCGAGAAAACGUUUCGAAUUUGUCGUUCAGAUAACGAAUGCCUGCUGCAUGAAAUGAAUCUGAAAUCAGCUGAAGCGACUACCUUAAGGACUUAUGCCGCAUUUUGCAGCGAAAAAGCCAAGGAAAUGCGAUCGGAGAUAGCCACUCAUAAACAAAACGAAACCGCCUUAGAGAAGAGAUUAACAGACUUGGAGAGAGAAUCAACUUUCAUGCGCGAUGAGGUAGGCCAUGGAAUAUUAGAUUUUACAGAGCUCAAGGAAAAGAAAGAUUCCCUGGAGAAAAGGAUCCUCGAGGCAAGUCGCACAGUGGAACACCUUAAACAGGAAGUUCUUGGCCUCAUAAAUGGUAUGUUGACCUUGCAGAGAGAUUUAAACAUUCCUAUUGAUAAGAUUGUCGGUUACCUUGGAUUGGAUGAGGAAACUGUUCAGCGCUAUAGACUGAGGCCAACAUCUACUGAUUCGAAUGACACUCAAACGGAAGAAUCGAGUAGCGAAAUUGGAAGUGAUGUCAGCGAACAAUUUACAUUGAAGUCUCUUUUUACUUUUCGCCUUCUUCCGGAUAAGGAGGGCUUUCUAAAUCCCUCGGAUGUAAGCAUAAUGAGGGAGAACAAGACUGAAAUCUUACGCGUACACGAGGAUUUGAAAGCCAAAGUUCACGCGGUAAGGGACUCGCUAGGCAGAAAGUACGAGGGAACGAACUCUACCACUGAUGGAAAACUUGAUAUCGAGCGCAGUAAUGAAGUAAAAAGUCGACUACUUAGUGAUCCUAUAUCAGAAAAUCCCAACAAUAAUACUACGCUUCCGCGACUUAGCCGGGCAGAACGUGUUAAGUUGUCCAGUUUACUCUCUCGAUUGAAGGAGGAACUAGUGCGCGAAAGAAAUUCAAAUAAUGAAGGUCGAGUUGGUGUUGAUGAUGACGACAUUUGUCUUCUGUAUGACAAUUUGGAGAGCAAGCUCUCUCGGCUAUCAUGUGAGCUUGCUUCAAGGGAAGAUGAGAUAACUCAACUUUUGACUGAAAAGUCAGACCUUCAAAAUGAGCUGGAAGAUUGCGAAAAGGGCCUCUCUGUCUGUCACCAUUGUGCUUUGAAAGUGCCAACUGAACUAGACGACAAAAGAAAGCAGCUGAAAGGCAAACUCUUAUCCCAGAUGCAGGAUACUUCUCGCCUAGAGGGAGAGAUAUUCGAGUUCAUAGAAUACAGACAGAAACUAGAAAAAGAACUGGACAACAUCAAAGGGAAGAUAACUGAUGUGGAAGACGAGCUGGACAUAAGAAAGAUAUUAAUUGAGAGAUGUAUCAGCUUCAGACCAUCAGUGGACGAAAUGUAAGUAUUUUCGAUAUUUCUGUGUCUUCCCUCCAUACUUGAGAAGCGCGCGAUGCAGCAGCUUUUCUCUGAUACAGAAAAAACUGAGUUUGUCUUGCGAUUGAACGUCCGUAACUGUUACCGAACGGCACAAUAUCCUUGAAUAUUCUGAGUUUUCCUUUGCAGUUAUAAAUUUCGUAAGCUUCCGAGAUACAUGGACUAACAGUUGUUACGCGGUACUGUUAUAAAAUACAUCAUCGUUAUUUUCAUUAGGUAUACUUUGGAGUUCACUUCCUCAACUUAUUUGCUAUCUAUAGGUGGAGUUUUGUCUUUUGUCUUCAUUCGAGUCUAAGUGUGCUUAAUAGAACUCUGCCUCUGGAGCUCUGGGCGGCAGAGCAGUCCAAUCUCGAUAACUCGAAUCCUCAAUAUUUCUAACAGCGCACUAUCACAAACCAAAUCCAUUUGCGUCUUAGAUUUACCAGUCGUUUCCCCGCACCUCCUAUAACUCGAACCCUCUCCAAUUGCCCUUGAAGUUUUGAUUUUUGGAGGUCGACUGGUUGGUGUUGCAAAGUUUUUCUUUUAUAUUUAGGGACGUUACAAACAGCGACUCGUCCAAGGAAGAAAUAGAAGAUCUUACACUAAGUCCAUCUGGAAAGAAGAGAAAGUCCCAAAAACACGUGACUUUUGAAAACGUAGACGGUGAAUCAGAAGAAAAUUCUUGCGGUAAAAGAAGGCGAGAGAAGCCUCAUUUGUUGUUCGAUCAGGAUAACGAAGAGUCAAAUGACAGAAAUGCAGAAUGGCGGACAGCUGACUUGGAUUCCAACGACUUGGACCUUUGUGAAUUAUUAGCCUCCAUCCCGAGGGACAUCCCGAAGAAACAACCCACUGAGGAGGAACUGGAGAUCACUGAAAUCGCAAAUAGACUUUCAGGCUAUGAUAACAUGUCGUUCGACGAGAAAUUCCAGUUCGUUUCAUCUCAAAGAAAGAAGAGUGAUGCAGACUCUACUGUUUCUACUAAUGCCGACGAUUCUUCCUUCAACAGAGUUGGUUCUGUCGGCACAGAUACCGUCGAUGAGGUGGGUGUUGACUAUAGUGAUGAUGAACACGUCACCUGUCAAGUGUGUGGACUGUUUAAGAAACGCAGCUAAACGAAAACAGUCAACAAAUUGCUUCACAUACAAAGAGCUGCAUCACACUUUUUAGGCGUAUGUACUGUUUGCGCAUGGACCAGUUUUGAACAUUGUGAACGUUACUGCUGAAAAAAGAGGGCUAUUUAAUGAAACAAAAGUAUUACUAUAAUAAUUAUCUUUCAUUUAAACGGACUCUAUUCCUAUUAUUAUGCAAUAGCAACCAUGUUUUUUUUUUGGCGGGAAAUGGGCGAAGUCCCCAAGUACACCGAGAUUCAACUCAAGUUCUGGAGGUAACCCCUAGAAAACUGUUGAUAUGAACAAUAACGUUAAAUAGGCCAUUUCCGAAUUACCUCUGACCUCUUCUACAAAGCGAGUCCUGCUGCCCAUUCCUAAAUAUGAUUAAAAGCUUUUAUUUACAUGCAAGUUAAAUUCAUUUUCAAAGGAAUGGGUGAGCACCAGGCCUCGUUUUGAAAAGGAGGCCAAAGGUAAUUCGGAAAAGGCCUAGUAAUGAGUGGUCUUUAAAACUUGUCCUUCAAUAAUAUGUGAACUGUGUCGGAGACUCAAAAUCAAACACGAACGCGGAUUUUGUUCAUGCUAACUUCAGUCUCUAUCCUAACAGACCUCAUGUUCAGAAACAAACUAAAUGUAUCAAAAUCUUCCAAUCACAAUACAGCCCUUUUUCACACAUGUUAGACGAUGUGCUGGUCGCUCAGGAGGUUUGGCAAUUUAUUAACGGCAGAGGCAACUAAAUGUUCUUUUUUCAUAGUUCGCAUGUUAUUUAAGAGUGCUGUAAAUUUCCCAGUGUCUUGGCCUUUUUUUGGUGCCCGUCCCGAUAACAACCUCCUCCUGCCUUCUUUCAGAGGUCAGUAUCAAAAUUAGCGGCCAAGGCUUACAGAAGUUUCUUUUGAAACGUGCGUUAUAAUACAACGAAGUAUGUUACUCAUAGCCAGGUGCGUUCUUAUUAUUAAGGACGAUUAUCACCGAUAUAAAAUUCCCAACAAAUAAAUGUAAUUUUUUUAUAAUUUAUCAAACAAACAUAUUUAAAGAAAAGAAAUAUUUUAAUAUUAGGCCAGCAUAUGAUACAAUGUUAGGUUGUAAAUUUACUGAAGAAGACUUUUGCAGUUUUUAUUCUAACCAAACAUUUUAAGUUUGAAUAGUUAAAGAAAGAAGAUUAUAUAUCAUUGCGAAUUAUAAGUUAUAUAAGUUGAGAAAGUGCUGACUUGGUGAAGCAGCUUAUCCCAGACAACUCAAUAUAAGCAACCCGAAAUACAAUUUAACGUGGAGUUUCCUAAAUCGUUUCAUUGGUUUCUUAACUCUAAAAGUAAGGUAACACAAACCUUGUCCAAGGAGAUGCGAUGGCCCAGUGGUAGCCCCGCGGAAGUCCGCAUCGAAAUGUCCUAGUAGGCCAUUUCCGAAUUACUUUUUUCCUCUUUUUCAAAAUAGGCCUGG